GUGAUCCCUUCAAAGAUGACCCUUUUGGGAAAAUUGAUCCCUUCGGUGGUGAUCCCUUCAAAGGCUCAGAUCCUUUUGCAGCUGACUGUUUUUUCAAACAAUCCUCCACUGAUCCUUUUGUGACUGCUGGUACUGAUCCAUUUAGCACUGCAGACAACAGUAAUAAUAUCACAACAGAGAUAUCGAAGAAGAAUGACCCUUUUGCUCCUGGUGGAACAACUGUUACUACAUCAAAUGAUCUAGCUACAGACCCCUUUGCCUCUCUGUUUGGAAAUGAAUCCUUUGGAAGUGGCUUUGCUGACUUCAGCACGCUGUCAAAGGCCAACAAUGAGGAUCCCUUUAGCUUUUCCACAUCAGGUUCUGUCAACAACGUGAUCAUAACUAAAAACUUAUUUGAGGAACCACCAGCUAAAAAUGAGGAUGUUCCUCCUGCAUUGCCCCCUAAAACAGGAACUCCCACAAGGCCCUGUCCACCACCACCUGGGAAAAGACCUAUCAAUCAAAUAGACUCUUCAGAUUCCUUUAAACCGAGCGAUCCAUUUCAGCCUUUCCCCACCCCAGACAUUCCCAAAGAACAAGAAGCAGAUCUAUUCUGUGAUCCAUUUGCUCCCACCAGCAUCAGUAAAGAGGCUGACCCCAACAAUUUUGCAAACUUCAGUACUUAUUCUACUGAGGAAGACAUGAUUGAAUGGGCUAAGAGGGAAAGUGAGAGAGAAGAGAAAGAAAGAUUGGCAAGACUAAAACAGCAAGAGCAAGAAGACUUGGAACUGGCUAUUGCACUCAGUAAAUCUGAAAUAUCAGAAGCAUGAAGUUUAGAAUAAGAUUUUGUCUUAUGUCAACUGUUUUGUCCCUUUCCUGAAUACCUAACCUAUUUAAAUGUUAAUCAGAAAAUACAUAUAUACAAGAAACUAUGAAAGGUUUUAAAUUUCUGAAAGUGGUGUGAAUGUUUUUGCUAAAUCCAAUCCUUUUGGUUAUUGUUUUGAAUAACUGUUAAGUUUAGCAUUCAAUUUCUCUCAAGUUUUCAGAAGAAGAAAGUACUUUUCCCAGCUGUAAGCAAAUCAGUUUAAAAUGCAGUUAGUGAGAUUGUAGUUUGACUGUAAUCUGUCAGCAGUUGGUAAUUGAGCAUAAAGUGAACAUUGCAAUUAUUCUGUCAUGGCUGACUGUCUCCCAUCAACCAGUUAGUCAUUUGAAACCUUUUAUCCUUCUGAAAAGAUUUUAGUAAUGCCAGAGUUGUGGAGUGCUUUAUUUUAUAUGUAUGCAUAUAGAUUUUUCUCUUCAUUGAAGAUUCUACUUUUGG